AUGACUUGUAACAAUACAUGUUCUUCUACUGAUGAUACUUCAUUAUAUAAAGAUAGUUAUCAUUGUUGUGCUCAAAGUUGUAUACAAUCAUGUUCAAAAUCUGGAUCUUCAUAUACAAUACAAUGUAAUUGUGUAUCAUGGGUAUGGAAUAUUGAAUAUAGUAUUAUAUGUUCAUUUUGUUAUACUACAGUUAUUGAAGUUAAAUAUAAUACAUCUCAAGGUAUUCAGAUUUCUAAUAAUACAAAUUAUUUUGGACAAGAUAAGAUAGCUUCAGAAUAUUAUAUGAAUAGCUUUUCAUUAACAAAACCAAUUGAUUGUUUUUAUGAUCCUGAAAAUGUUUUAAAUGUUUUAUUUAAUGUAAAUUAUACUAUAAAAACAUGGGUAAUUUUUGAAGUUGUUAG